GAAGGGAUGGCUACACACAGAUCGCUUUGGGUACCACAGUGCAGACAACCCACAGCAUCCUGUGAUGGAGAGAAAUAUUCUGAUUGGCUCAUCGCGUCAGCACAGAGAGGAAGUGAGUAGCAGGCAUCAGAUGGGUGGAGAAGCAUCUUUGUGAUGAUGUCUAUGAUGCUGCAGCCUACACCUUCUAGUUCCCCCCUUCCACUCGCCGCCCCCCUGACGCCCUCUACCGGCUCCCACGCUCCCCAGGGCUCCCAAUAAACCUUCUGCCUCCCCCCUCCAUCCCUCCUGCCCGUUAAUGCCUUGGCACGGGGUGCAGAGCAGGAGGCCAUGCCCUGGGGUGUUGGUCUAGUCCCGUCCAGGUCGUGCGUGGUUGAUCUGAGCCGGAACCAGAGCCUGUCCCUGUGCUGGUGUGCGGGGUCCGACGAGCCUUUCUCCUUUUAUGGGGACAUCGUCGCUUUCCCUGUGCAGGAUCCGGCCGGCGUUAUGUCAGGGCUGGGGACAGACACCUGGUGGAAAAAGACGCUUUAUCUGACCGGGGGGGCCCUGCUGGCCGCCGCUGCCUACCUCCUGCAUGAGCUGCUGGCUAUAAGGUGAGCUGGGCCCCAUCACAGGCAGGGGGCUGACAAUGUGCAGAAAUAACAAGGAUUCACACACUGAAUUCCUGCUUUAUCCACUGAAUAAAACUGCAGGAGCCACCCUGCCCUACAGGCUUUGCUUGGACGCGUUUUACCUUGGAUGUAAACACAUUAACACACACUCGGUUUAUUGUAUGAAGUUAGAGAUGAGGGUGGGAAAAGAAAAACAUAUAUACUCUGUCUUGCUGUGGAAAUCAGCUAGGAUUAUAAAGUAAGGAGUGAUGCAGAUGCUAUGUAAGAUAUAUAGUCUUAUCCUCUAUUUGGGAUAGUGUUUAGGAUCUAGGAAAUAGAUAUAAUUUAAGAAAUACAAGAUAACUGGAAUUUUAUAUCAAGACACAGGCUGGCAUUGUCUGAUUGUAAUCCUUUAGGAAAUCUAAGAGAAUUCUGAACGUUAGGCCAAAUGUACAUGAACUGGAAAGAUUCGAGAACUUCCUGUUUGGGAGGGGGGGAGGGGGGGGGAGGGAUUAUUCACUAAGCAGUGAGUUGCAGUUUAAUUAUAGGCAAAUAUGUUACAAAAUCAAAGCUAGAAGGAGCAGUCUGUGGCUAUACUUGAGUUUGAGAAUUUUUAAAACUAUAUUAUUUUGGAGUAUGUUUUGAAAUCAGUUUUUUUUUCAGUUCACUACUACUCUCUUAAUAAAUAAACCCCAUAAUAACGUUUUAUGUUAAACCAUCAAUUGUUGGGAAUUUACCAGGAAAUGAAUUCACCAGGGAAUCUAAAUGUUAAGACCAAAAUAGCUGACCUUCACAGUCAGACAUGGAGAUUUUUUUCAAUAUGAUUGUUGUGGCAUUCUAUUGCCAAAUCCCUGGUGAAUUCCUGACAAUUCACAGUUUAGUAAAUACGUUCCCAGUGUUUGAGAUGAUUAUUGAGUAAACCUGCUUGUUUUAAAAUAUUUUGCUAUUUUUUUCUUUUAAAGAUUUGCAGGGUUAUUCACGAAAGGCAAAAUUUAAAGUGAAUGCAAAGGGAAUUUCAAAUUCAAGGUCAAAAUAGCCAAACUGGAAAAAAUCUCUUAUUCAGUUAUGCUUCCAUAUAAGCAACUUUGUAUAGUCAGGUUCUGUCUGUUAUUUUACCAUAAUUAUCAUCGUUAGAUACAAGCCAUAAUUAAGAUAAUCAAUCUUAGCUCCAUAGUACUGGCUAAACAGAACACAUUGAUGUAUAGUUCAAUCAUUAAUGCAGAAGGGUAAGUCUCUACUUUAGGGAAUACUAAAAAGUAAAAUAUCAAUCUGGCACUCUCACUGGCAGGCAAUAUAUCCUUAGAAAACUUUGUAAAUAGAUACAAUAAAAAUUAUUGUGUUUAUGCUGUUUGAAAAAUGUCCACUAUAAAUCAACAGAGGCCAAGGACCUAGAUUAAAAAAACAAAAAACAAAAAAAAAAAAACCUUUUAUGGGUUUUCACUGCCUUGAAGAGUAAUAGGACUCCAAGAGAAAUAGACCCAUUGUAGAAUAUUCCUUAAGUAAAUCAAUAUAUAAAAUCCAUAUUAUAGACUGAGUUUUAUUAGGUUAAAAGGCCUUCUUUCCUAGCUGUAAAUGUUAGUAUUUUAAGUCACUAUAUGUAGUCAUGUUAGAGGCCAUAUUACUUUAGACCUCAACUGAGGUCACUCCUUGAACUUUAGCAAGAGUUGCUGAUAAAAAAAAGUGAUCAUUUAACACAAAAUAAUGCAAGAGUCAUUUCAGGAAACAAUUUUGAAAUGUACUGGAGCUGUGACAUAAUUAAACUAACAGCUGCAGCUUCUGACUGCAGAGGAUACUGUGAUUGGUGCCUAGUGGACCCAUGGUAAACUGUCAGAAUAUACACAGUUUGAUUACUGAAUCAUAAACACAACAGUGGGCCAUAAGGAUUUUGAUAUUCAUUUCAUUAUCAGCAGUCUUCACCAGCAGGAUGAAUUACACAGCCUCUGUCCAUGGUUCUGAUAUCAGAGUUAAACCUUGAAGUAAUGACAGUCCAGUCACUAUUCAAACACUAAAUGUACAUAGAACAUACAAGUAUUAAAGAUCUGUUAGGAUUUGACUUGUGCUUUUUUUUUCCCAGCAGAGUAGGUGAGGACAAUAUGUAUUUUUAUUAGACAGAACCCAUUGUUCUGCAUACUUGUGACUUCUCCAGGUUUUAUUCAAAUACUACAGUAAUUGCUAGAUCAGACAUAGGCAACCUUCGGCACUCCGGAUGUUUUGGACUACACCUCCCAUGAUGCUUUGCCAGCAGUAUGGGCAAAAAAGCAUUAUGGGGGAUGUAGAGAGAAAGACUGGAAUGGGUUAACUAAACAGCGCACCCGAUAUCCGUCCAGGUACCCUUAUAUAGGCUGCUCUGCCAAUGAUAGGCAAAAGAGUGCCUUUUUAAUUAAAGAGCAAAAAAAGACCUAUAAUUUUAUUAAAUCCCUAUUUGGGUAAGAAGCAAAAAAAGGUGCAUAAAUAAACAAUGUGGGUAUAAAGUGCAAAAACGAAAAAAUAAUUAGUUAAAAUAACUGAAAGUAUGGGUCUCUAAUUUUAAUGUACAAAUUCAGACAGAUAUACUUGUAUAUACCUCAUGGGUCGAAAAAAGGAGUACAAUUAUAGGUGGCAAAAUUAUUGGAAUAUUUGGGGAAAUACAGAGCAGUGUGCCCCAGAUUUGGUAAUAGAGGUGUUCAGUAUUGUGUAGCUUCAAAGCAGUUUGGGAUACACGAGAUAAUAUGUAGAUAUCUCCCUGUUCUGACUGAAAUAGUCUCAGCUAGCUAUCUCACAAUUAACUGUCUAUGAAGAUACUGUCCUGAACCUAGCUAAAAAUUUAGCUGAAUAGUUCUCAAUUAAAUUCCCCCGAUCAACCUCCCAUAGUUUCCUAACCAAGAUUAAGAUAGAGAAAUAGCAAACAGCAGUGGUCCUAAUCUAAAAGAAUCCACAGUAGUGGGAACUAGCCCAGUGGAUUCUGUAGACUCUUUAAGAUUAGCUAGGUUCCGGACAGUAUCUUCAUAGACAGUUAAUUGUGAGAUAGCUAGCUGAGACUAUUUCAGUCAGAACAGGGAGAUAUCUACAUAUUAUCUCUUAUAUCUGAAACUGCUUUGAAGCUAAACAAUACUGAAUGCAUCUUUUUGAGGUGGCUGAAUGCCAGCAUAGAAGCUGGAGCAGGGACUAUUCUGCUGGAACCGUUAAUACUUUUUCAAACGUAGCCGAUACUCUGCUCUAGAUACCAUGAAAGAGCAAUCUACUAUGAUUGGUAUCCCGAGCAUCCUAUUGUAGGAGGGAGCUUAUCCUUGCUGGUUUAGUCACCUAUUUGGAAUUAAUCAGGUGUACUUAUACCACAUUAGGCUCCUUCUAUAUAUUUUGUUUAUCUACAUGUGUAGAGGCAUUGUAAUACCCCUGCAUACUGUCGAGCAAGCUAUUCUCACGGCUUGCAGCAUAUAUGAACCAUUGGGAUAUUAUCAUCAGGGAAUAAUUUGCUGCUACCCCGUUUAUUUUCACUGCUAGCUUCCCGACUGCCCUAUUACCAAAUCUGAGGCACGCUGCUCUGUAUUUCCCCAAAUAUUCCAAUAAUCUUGCCACCUCUAAUUGUACUCAUUUUUUUGACCCUUGAGGUAUAUACAAGUAUGUCUGUCUGAAUUUAUAUAUCAAAUUACAGACCCAUACUUUCAGUUAUUUAUAACUUUACUUGCAGGGUGCUCUGCACUACAUAUAUACUUAGAAAUCAUACUAUUAUAUCCUCUUGACAGUAUCCACUUUGCACUAGUCUCAGACUCAGACCGGCACUUUGUAGCAAAUUUUGUUGCAACAUUUCAUCAAACCUGUCUCAGUUUGUACCACCACCUACGUGGAUAGUCAGUUAUGUGGAUACCAUCGAUCUAAACACCAGCAGUUGGUCCUAUUUUAACUAAUUAUUUUUUAGUUUUUGCACUUUAUUCCCACGUUGUUUAUUUAUGCACCUUUUUUUGCUUCUUACCCAAAUAGGGAUUUAAUAACAUUAUAGUUCUUUUUUUGCUCUUUAAUUAAAAAAGGCACUCUUUUGCCUAUCAUUGGCAGUUCACUCUCUGACCUUGGAAGCUUUUAAUGAUAUCCGUUAGAAAGCAAAUAUUCAUGUAUGUUCACAUCACUUCAAGAGAUGUGAGCACAAGCAAAUACCAGUCAGGAUACAAAAAUACAGCUUUUUUGGUAAGUGUGGAGUCUUUUAAUGACUGAAUACAAUUCUAGAAUGUUCAUAUCAGGGAAUACUAUCAAUUGCUAGUUGGACUUUGAUUAAUUGAUUACUGAACUGAAAGAAAACCUGAAACCCCUUUAUCUAUUUCAUUACUGAGUUAUGGCUUAGGAUACACCAUUUGCACCCCUAGCAUUGAUUUGCUACUUCAAAUUUCUGAAAAGCAAAAUUAUUUUAAAGGACCACUAUAGUGCCAGGAAAACAAGCUUGUUUUCCUGGCACUAUAUAGUCCUUAGGUCCCCUCCACCCUCAGGGUCCCCCUCCCGCUGGGCUGAAGGGGUUAAAACCCCUUCUGCCACUUACCUUAAUCCAGAGACGGGCUCCCUUGGCGCUGGUGACCUCCCCUCCAACGUCAGCUCCUGAGUGGCCAGAGCUGCGCACGCAUUCAAGCUGCCCAUAGGAAAGCAUUACUCAAUGCUUUCCUAUGGACGUCAGCGUCAUCUCAGUGUGAUUUUCACACUGAGAAUUGCAGAACUGGCCUCUAGUGGCUGUCAGGAAGACAGCCCCUAGAGGCUGAAUAAACCCUCAGUGUUUCUCUGAGACUGCUGUGUUUGCAGCUGCAGGGUUAAAACCUGGGGGACCUGGCACCCAGACCGCUUCAUUGAGCUGAAGUGGUCUGGGUAACUAUAGUGGUCCUUUAAGUUACAGUAAAUCAUUAAAUGCCUCUGAUAAUAAAUAUACAUUGUAAAUGCAUUUUGUUCAGCAAGUUUGUUAUUUUUAAAGUUGAGUUUUACCAUUGGCUUAUUUAGACUUCACAACCUAAUUACAAAUACCCAUCACAUAUGAGAAAAGUACAAAAGCAAACGCACAGUUCUUAUGCCCCCACUGGGAAGCAAAGAAUUCUCUAACAUGGUUAUUUACUGAAGUGAGAAUUCAAGAUUAAUUCAAAAUUUAAGACCGAUCUGAAAGCAUAGCUGACAGAAAUUUUUUCCAGUUCAGCGGAAUGGGGGCAUUAAAUUUGAAAUCAACUUUGAAUUGAGCUUGAAUUCUCAACUUUCGUGACUAACCCUGUAACCCUCAGUAUCAGUAAAAUCAAAUUCAAAGUUAGAAAUCUGUUUAGAAAGGAAGAACGUUUUGUAUGCUUAAUUGCCCAUUUAUAAGAUAUAAAACACUGAGCUUUAGGUUUUUUACUCAUUUAAUUACACCACACAUAUCCAUAUCAAAUGUUUUGUAUUUUUAACAGAAAAGAACAGGAAGUUGAUUCCAAAGAUGCAAUCAUUCUCCAUCAGUUUUCACGGCCAAACAAUGGGGUUCCAAGUUUAUCUCCAUUCUGUCUGAAAAUGGAAACUUACUUACGAAUGGCUGACUUACCAUAUCAGGUAAAAUGUACAUAAUUGUAUUUGUUUAUUAAGAAGACAAGUUUAUAUUUGUUUUUCAUUUGAUUAAAGGCACAACCUAACCAUCAUCAUAUUUUUGUCUUAACUGGAGGAUUCCUCAAUGCCUAACAUCCAAAAACUUAAAUUUGAGAUGUGCUGGUAGCUUACGCAAUGCCCUGAAAGUCUCUGAGUACUCAAGCAUAGGUUGAUUCAGUUGUCAAAUCACAACACUCCUUUUGGUGAUGAUGAACUGACAGAGGCUCUCUGUGUUAAUUAUUUGAUGCCCCUGUGGUCAGUGGCAUUUUGACCUUGCCAAAACAGCUGCCGUGAUUUGAUGUGGAUAAAUGAUGUCUGGAGAACCUCUAAAGGGGAAGUAGCUAAAAUCAAACAACCAAUCAGGGACCAUGGUUUAACUGUAACUGUAAUACUGUUGAACUUUUUGGUGGCUUUCUAAUAACAGUUAUUUUGGUCAUUAUCGUGAGAAAAAAUCUGAGGGGGUCGAAACGUCGGAUCUCCACCUGGAUCACAUUUUGUUUUAAAAUAUUUAUAUAUACCUAUAUACAGUCCAAAGAGAGGCCCAUUUUGGGUACUAUAAUCCAAGAAAAGUGCUUAAUUCAAUUAGUAAAUGUGCAAAAGUAAAGUCGAUGUUUCAGUCCCACUGAUAGACUUUUUCUUUUGCUGUUAAAUGAGCUGCUAAUGUGAAAAUUAUGAAUAAUUUAAGCUGUAAUGUAAACAAAGGCACUUUUCAGGUGUAGAAUCAUACUGCUACUGGCUCCUUCCCAGUGAUUUUGUUAAAUUCUUGUAUGACUCAUACUGUUAGUGGCUGCCUUUCUCUAACCUACUAUUGAUUAGAGCAGUGUUUCCCAACCCAGUCCUCAAGGCACACCUACCAGUCCAGGAUUUAGGGAUUACCCAGUUGUGUCUAAGGUGUUUUUUUUCUUCUUUGUAAAAACACCUUAGACACAACUGGGUAAUCCCUAAAUCCUGGACUGGUAGGUGUGCCUUGAGGACUGGGUUGGGAAACACUGGAUUAGAGUAUGUCCACUGUUGAUCUAUAUACAUCCAGGAUGAGUAAAGGGAUAUUAUAGGACUAGGAAUACAACUCUGUGUUCCUAGCACUACUCCCCUAUGCCUCCCCCAUGCAUGCAUUUUGCAUUUUGUUCCAUUUCAUUUUCCAGAUAAUUUUGCUAACUUUAAAUUGGAAGAAGCAAGUAUGCUGUUUGGUGGAUACUGUUUGCGAUAAUAUUAAUAUGUAUGGAAGAUUUGUUAAGCGUAACCCAAUUUACAAUAGAACCAGUUAAGAAAUACAAUAUUGAACUAUUUUAAUGCCCAGGUAUCUUGCAAACAUACAGCAAAUGGUAUCAAGAUUGUGGGACCUGAGGCUUCAGACACAAAAAUAAAUAAUAUCAAGCAUAUUCUUGAACACACGCAUAGAACAUGUGGAGAUCCUCGUUUAUCUGGUGUUGUGGGUACCAUUAACCUUUCAAGUCUGGAGGGCAUUGGUGGCCUUUACAGUACACACUUGGAGGAAGAAAAAGAGGAUUUUUUUUCCUAUAAAAAAAAAAUUACUAGCCAAUCUGGACCCAGGGUUUUCUGCUAGGGUCAGGGUCUAGGGGCUACUAAUAGGGUAGUUCUCUCUGUGCUUUGGUUUUUCUGCUAUAAACUGAACCAAACAGGACUGAUUACGUGCACCUUAAUCCCAAACUGUUUGCUUUAGCACUCACCACUUUAUUGGAUCAUACCCUGCAGUUACUUGCACUUGGUACAUUCCAGGGUUUUCUGGACUGUACACCAAGUACUAGUGUGCUCUGUCAUGCACAUUAGGAUUUUAAACUUGGUCCUGGACUAAAUUAUUGAUUCACUGCUGUUGGGAUGUUUGGGCUAUUUAUUUAAUGUGUUAACAUUGAUUCCAUGGUGCUGUUAUAUCUGCUUACGAGAGUAUACAGGUCUGAACCCUACCAGAACUGUUGAUGAAUGUGUUUUAUCAAUUCUAAUUAUUUGUAAUAAUAAUAAUAGCAAAAUUGUUAUUAAAUUUGGCACACUCUGCUCUUUUUUACAACCAUUUAUAGCAUCUCCUUGGAUAAACUCGGGCUCCUCACCAUUUUCGCUGAACAAAGUUUAUUUUUCUUGUUUAAUCAACUUCCUAUUUUUCAUCGUCUGUGGAAUAGGCUCACAAAAUAACUACAAAAUGAUGCAGGAUAACAUUAAUUGGUAAAUGUGGAAGUUUUAACUGUUACCUACUAACAAGGUUGCAAGGAAAGGUUUUUAACACCAAUUCAAAUACAAAAAAUUCUAAAAUGACAAAUCACUAUAUAAACCAAGAUAAGGUUCCUGCUGAUCACACUUUUAGAACGUUGCCUAAAAUUGCUCUUUAUAAAUAAAUCCCACUGUGUCAUUGAUGUGGUCUUAAACAACUGCCGUGCUCAGACAGAUAGUUAUGUUAAUCAUGCUCUGCUUCCUAUAACAAGAAAAAAUAGAUGUCUGAGACUCUGUUAUGUUUGUUAAUGAGAUGCACAGAAAUAUCAUCUCUUGUGUUUAUGCUUGUUGUAGAUUACAUAAUAUUUUAUGUGAAACUCUAAAAUGAAAUCUUCAAUGCAGUAGUUUUCGCAAGAUGGAUAACAGUUUCAACGAGGAUUGGGAUACAGCCUUUUGGUAGUUUAGUUUUAAAAUAGAUCUGACUGGGAGAUACCAUUAAAAAUAAGGACACUCUUGCCACCUAAUUUCCAUGCAUCAGAUAAAUCUAUAAGGCGAAGCAAGAGAACGUAGCUAAUGCACUUUCUAUUUUGUCUAUGAAUUAUAAAUGAUGCUGUAGUAUGAAACAGGGGAUGGCUUAAACUAAGAAGAAAACAACAAAAAAUUCAAGGAGAUAUUUGUGUGAAAUUAAAGCUUUUACGGAAAAAAAAGCUAUUGUGUUACAUAUCAGUGGUAAUUAACGAACGAAAUCUUCACAAUGACAAUGGGAUCUGUAGCAAAAUCAGAAGAGUCAACUGUUACCUUUAAUUUUUGAAGUGGCAUUGAACCCUGUGAUGUGUUUGCUUUGGAACAGAGCCGUUUGAAGCUCUUCAUUCACAAUUUGUUUGUAAAAAUCAGCAUAUAUUUAAUGAAGCUUAUAUCUUAUAUUUUCUGGUUGUAUUGGAAUUUCAAUACAAUUUAAACUUGAUCUCUAUGAAUUUGUCAUAAAUAUUAUAUCUUUUUGAAAUCUAAACAGUGAUAGUCCACUUUUUUAUUGGACAUUUCUGAGUGUAUCUGUUAGCUUUCGAAUGUUUGACUAUGUAUUUGCAGAUGGUCUAUUAUGUUCUUUAAUUCUUUGUACAUUUACUAAAAGGCAAAGCGGACAAAUACAUCUUCAAAUAUCUUGUAUAAAUGAGGAUAAAUAACCAUACCUUGAUUUACUAUGUCACCUUGGACUUGGCUUUGGGUGGACAGUUUUUAUUUAAUCAGACAUAGGUCAUUUUUGCACUUACUUGUCCGUUGUAAUAAAAAAUACUGUUUAUAUAGUUGUGUGUUCCUCCUAAAGGUAAUUCGAAGCACUUAGUUCGCAGACAUAACUGCAUAGGCAGCUGAUAAAAAGAUAUCAUUGUCAAUCUCACUAGUAGGUGCUCAUUUUAUCUACUGGGAGGAUAAAAUGUUUAGUUAAACCUCCCAGGAGUCAAACACAUGGAGUUUGGGUAUCCAGUGAGUUUGUUAACCCACUAAGAUACAUUACUGGCCAUCAAAGUAGUCUUAGUAAUGUCCCCUGGUUCAGAUCUUCUGCUGAUUCUUAUGCCAAGUUGGUGUGUGAAUGAGUAUGGCAAAGGUUAUAAUAGAGUUUAGUAGGCAAUAUGAAUUAACUGUUUGUUGCCACUAGGAAUUCAGAGAGAUCAACGUUUGAAGCAGAUCGACAUAUAGGGUCAAAAAUACUGCUUCUUACACAUAUAACUUCAGAACAGAUUGCAUUAUGGUUUCCCAUCAGAUUACAUGGGGAUGCAUAUAUAAUAUAAUAUACAGCAGGUCUGCCUAUAUCAUUCUGUGUAGGAAAUAUUUGUCUGCAAAGAGUUUCCUUGGCCCUGGACCACAAAAAGUGUCUGUGCUGAAAUCUGUUGGACUGCAGUAUCAAGUGUACUAACAGAACCAAACUAAUUGUUCUGAGCAUGUCUCUUAUAUAUGUGAAUAACCAAGACGGAAGCCGUGGAUUCAUAUUUUAUGGCUAGAAAAGCACAGUGGGGACUGGCUAGGGUCUCUUAAAGGAUUACUCCAACCACAGGACCUGUCUGAUUUAAGAAGUGGUUAUGGUUGUAGCAGUCAGUAUGUGCAGUGUUUCUGCUUGAAACUCUGCACAUACUGAGAAAUUUGCUCUUUUGUGUUUGUUUCUUGCACCCCCAGCACUCAUGACACAGGCAACCUGGAACUUUGUUCCGGACUGCCUAAUGUCAAUUUUGUGCAUAAUUUACAACUGUUGUCAGCAUGCAAUCGGUAAUCAGAUUUUUCACUUGCAGGCUGAGCUCGAAGUGCGUCUGCAAGUGAAGCCCUCUUCUACACCUCCCUUCAUAUACAUUACAUACAGGUUGCUCUGUCUGUGCUGCCUGCCACCUCCUAUUCAUAUGCACGGCAGAUCCCGCGGUGCACCAAUCAGCAUCUUUUCGUACAGAUAAAUUGACUCAAUACAUCUCAAAGGGGAGUGUUUGACAUCUUCAUGCUGAGCGUGAAGACGGCAAACAACAGUCAUUACAAGACUGCACUAAGAAGCCCCUCUAAUCGCUGUCUGAGUGGCUUUAGGAGGUAAUGUUUUGUUGAGUAAUGCUGAGAUGGCAGGGACACUCUCUUUCCCCAAACCAGUACAUUUAGCUAGUGGUUCUAGUACUUAGAGUGCCCCUUUAUUGUUUAUAAAUAGUUACUAGCUGCUGGUCCAAAUUGUUCUGUACAAAAUAAAAUAUAUAGUAAAUAAACCAUAACAUCCCCAGUAUUCAAUUAAUGGAUGAAAUCAUUAGUCAUUAUGCAGUAGAAAUGUUUGUAUCUUUCCAUUUUCACUGCCAGGUAUUUUAGUCUCAAGUGAAAGCCCUUGUGGUUGUAUUAUUCAUGCACUACUACUUUAUUAUGAUAUUUUCCUUGCAUGUAGAAACAGUUUUCUGCUGAAUGCUGAGGAAACUGUAACCUGCAGCAGAAUUUAAUAAAACAAACCUAUACAACUUUAAAUAUAUAUAUUAAGCCAGGUACAUGUGAUCUCCUAUUUUGGAAGGAUUGUGUCUACCUCAAAACAUUAGGAUUAGAGAGACAAAUAAAUUAGAGCAAAUGUAAUUUUUCAGAUGGAUGCUCCAUUCAGGGUAUUCUUUUUUUUUUUUUUUAUGGGCAUACACGUAUACUUUACUGUCAAGUAAUUAAUUUUCAUAUCAGACAUAAUCAUUACAAUUACAUAAUCAUUGUCUGGAUAAUACUGGAGAGUAAUACAAAACACAAAUACACUACAUAUAAGCUGUUAAUUAUUAAAUGACAAUUUUGAGCAAGGUCCCUGCGGGAGCAUCUGCGAAGACCAUAAAUCCUAAUGACAUAUAAAUCAUAGUCUACCUUUAUCUCUAUCGUUAGGGGGUAGCCUAGUCCUUUAUAACUUGUCCAAUAAGCUCAACCAUUUUUAAAAAUCUAAUUUUCAAAUAAAUUGGAGAUUUCUAUCUUCAUCUUUAAUUGGAAAAGAAGCUGUUACUUAAUCAUAGUCCAACAAGGCACCAUAGGUGAUUUCCAAUAUCUUGCCACCAAUGUUUUGGCGGCCAUCAAUAUAUGAAUAACUAAAACAGUGAGGUGCCUAAAUAUUUUUAAUAUUUAGAUGUAGUAGAAAAGCUCCUGGACUAAAAUAAAUGUUAGUAUUUUUUAUUUUUUUUAUUUUAGUUGCCAACAUUCUCCAAAGUAAUUGCAUUGGUUGACAGUCCCACCAGAGUGGUAGAUGUCUCCAAAUAAUCCAGAUAGAUGUUGAAGCCAUGGGUUUCACACCUCCAACAUCUAUCUGGACCAUUUGGAGACAUCUAAGAUAAUCUACUUGGCACCAUAUACCAUCUGUUUAGAAGUUUAUAGUGUAUUUUAUUUAAAUUAAGACAAUGUAUGUUUUUAUAGAUCAGGCAUAGGCAACCUUCGGCAAUGCAGAUGUUUUGGACUACACCUCCCAUGAUGCUUUGCCAGCAUUAUGGGUAUAACAGCAUUAUGGGGGAUGUAGUCCACAACAUCUGGAGUGCCUACCCCUGUUAUAGAUCAUAGUCAGGGAACUUUUCUAUUCAUCAUAACUUAUUUUAAUAUUCAAAUCUAAUUCCCAUUUGUUUAUAAUGGGACAGAUAUAACUUUCUGGAUAUCCUGCAAUCAAUUCUGCACAUCCUGGAACAAUUUUUUUUUUAUUUCUUGUUUUUAUUGAAAAUGUCAUACUUUACAAUUUGAUUACAAAGACAAAUUUCAAAUGAAGAAAUUUAAAGGUAUACAAUAUAGUAUCAGAAGUUCAAUUGUUUAUAUUAUUUAUACAUUGGGUCUACAAGCAUAGAAACAUUCAUUCUUACAUCCCAGUUAUACAGAAAGAAAUAAUAAUAAAAAAAAUAUAUAAAGGAAGAUAAAUGAACACAUAAAUAAAUAAUAUAAAGCCAUUUCUCAAUUUAAUCUCUCUCAAAAUAAAAACUUAGUUCCAUUUUAUAUUGCUAUGUGGUUUGAUUACAUAUAUUUGCCCAGCUUAAGAAGGAUAAUUUCUAAUUGUGUGCUAACUGUAUGUGCAUUAUUUGAUUAUCAUGGCUUUUUUGACAAUUUGGAUAAUCAAUAUUCUAUAAAAACUUAUGUGGAGUAAGUUUUGUAUACGAAAAAAGAUACAGAAAACAUUAAUUUAUUUGAGAUUUAAGCAUAUCUAAGCUAGCACUUUCCCACCAUAUAUGUAAAAGAUUUCCUUUCUCCGCUUGGCAUCUCCCACACAUGUCAGAGGCAUUGUUUACAAUUUUUUUUAAGUCUAGUGGGAACUAAAUACCAUCUAUCGAUGAUUUUGUAAUGUAAUUCUAAAAUAGAGAUACAAUGAAUAUUUUGAGAGAAGCUUUUAACCCCAGACAGCCAUACUUCCCAGGGAAAGUGGGAGUCUAAGUCGGAUUUCCAUUUUAUUAUGGGAGGUGCCUCAUCCUUCUCCACUCCGGUAUUUCGGAUAUGCGAAUGAAAACAUUCAGAAUCUUAAAUAUUAACUUCUUUUUUUUAACAAUGGAAUUUUUAAAAAGCUUAUCAAACCAAUGGGUCGGAAUAAUACUCCUACUCAUCAAGUAAUUGUUAAUUCUUAAAGGGACACCGUAGGCACUGUAUCUGCUUCAUCUCAUUAAACUGGUUAUAGUGUCUGGAGUCUUCUGGUCCCAUCAUUUCUAUCAGCAUUAAACAGUUUUUAAAGUUUUAAUGUUUUAAUGCUAAACAAGAGUCCCCGGCAAUCCAUCCCCUCUGUGCUGCUUUGGCUAAUAAGGAAGUAUUAGCCUGAGCAGAAAUGGGCAGCUGUGAUUGGCUGAGAGUGUCAGCUGACUACUUUUAGCCUGUCAGAGUUCCAACUGACGGUAUGAGUGGGUAUGACAACAAGGAAAUGUGUAAUCUCUGCCUUUGCUACACAAACUGAAGGGGCCGGAUUGUGGGUGGCCAAGGACUCUUAUUUUGUGGCAUACUGCACGAACAUGGUGCAACGCUGAAUGGAGGGACAGUGCCAGGGAACUCCAGGCACUAUAACCAAUUCAAAGAGAUGAAAUGCUUAUAGUGACUACAGUGUCCCUUUAAGUAAGAGAAAACCUCAUUAUUGGGAAGAUCGCACUUUUCUUGUAAUUGGGCAAAGGGAAUUACAGCCCCGUCAGCUAUUAAGUCUGAUGUUCUAUGGAUACCCCUGGAUUUCCAUUGUAUAGUAUUUAAAUCAACUAUAUCAUUGGAAAGUAUCUCAAUUGAGGCUCCUAAGGAUAUACUGUUAAUUAAACCAAAUCUUUUCUUUAACUUUAUCAGUGUACCUGCUAUAUCUUUCACGAUCGGGUUCUGAGAAAUAUUCAGUUUAAUCAAAGGAAAGUUCGUCCAAAAUAUAUGAAAUAUGUUAUAUGAUCUCAUCUCUGUUUUUUCAAUAAGAUACAAAUUGUUAUGUAAAUGAGCUGAUUAUCUUAGUACAGUGGGGUUUUUUAAGAUAUAAAGUCACUAAAUGGAGUUUCACCAAUCUCAUGUUAAGCAAAGGUUGAAAAGCAAUGCGUUCAUAUUGAAAGAAUUAACUAACUGGACUAUCAAUAUGCACUGAAAUUUUUUUUUCUCAGAUGGAUGUGCCAUUGGAACCCAUCCAGGGUAUUCUUAACCACGUGAUAAAAAGUUAACUACUUCUAAAAAAGUAUGUCACUGUAUUCAAUUAAUACAGAUUAAGGACCAGCAUACACACACGCACAAACAAUUUUUUUUUACAUUUUUACAAAGCUACUUAAAAUGACCUAUUUUAGCAACAAAUAUGGGGAUUCAGUUACACCAUAUGAUCAUAUUAUGUUAAGCUCAUCACUUUGUCACAGUGCCCCAAUAUAGGUUGGUCCUUCACUAAUUUUAACAUGGGAGAUUAACAUGUUAACUGGAAUACGUACUGCUCAAACUGCUUCCAGAGAUUCUUCUCAAUUUAUGCUUUCCUGUGGUCACAUCUAAAGGGGCACCUAGAGUGGAUGGGUGAGGUGGUCAGCCCAAUAAGAAAGAGCACCCUGAAAUAGUACAGAUCAGGAGACAAACUACUUGUCGAAUGACCUUCAGUCAUUCAAAUGAAGAACCAUUUAAAUCUUGAUGAUCCGAUGUCCAAAUAUUUCAAAUACCAGGAGCAGGUUGUGAAAGAUUCCUCUCGAGAGGAGUAAGCUAAUGGACCUAUAUUCCAAGACAGUGAGGUUGAAUCGGAGGGUUGUCUUCCUCAGUCAGAAAGCCAUGGUAACUUUUCUAUUAAAAUGAUCGGGAAGAGAAUGCCUCACACUUCCACUUUUUCUGGCUGCAUCGGUUAGCCUCAAGGUCACUUUAGGUGCAAUUAUUCUUCACUUAAAGUUUUAAAACAUUUGGCUAAUUGGCAGGCUCAUCACAUCUACAGUUCUCAGGGUGUUUUAUUUAAUUUUUAUUGUCCCCGUGAGUGGAGAGAACUGCAAUGGUUAGAAAGAUAGUCAGGUUCAAAUCCUGAAAGAAUGGACUUACACCUAGGAAAUUAAAACAGAGAUUAAUAGAGAGUUCGAAGAAUCCAGCUCUAGUUGUAGAAAGGGACACUUCAGACCCCUGAAGUGCUAUAGCUUGCUGAAAAGUUUUGUUUGUGAAGAUUGUGUCUUCUUUAUUUAAUUUUGCAAAAAGUACAUAUUUCAAUAGAUAUACAGUGAAACCUCAGAACUUGAACGGUCCCUUACGUGAACAAUUUGGUAGUCGAACAAAAAUUUUGAGAAAAAUGUCUUGGUUCACGAAUGACCCUCUGUACCUGAACAAAUAAUGCCACAAACAUGUUCAGUUGUAAAGCUAUGUCUCACUUUAGACACAUUUUAAAUACCAGAAGAACAGUUAUAUAUCCCCAUCCAAACAAUAUCUCUUCUCCUUUCCACUUACGCCAUCAACUCUCAUCAUUACAGGCAAAGUGAAGUUACAUUUUCUUUUUUUAAUUUACUGUACAUUGUGCUUAUUAUUUUUUUUCUAUAUGAUUUUAUGCAUGUAAGGUAUUAUUAAAGUGUAAAAUUUGUGUAAAUUUUUGGGGUCUGGAAUUAAUUAAUCAAAUUUACAUUAAUUUGCAUGGGAAAUGUUGAUUCCAUUCUCGAACAAAGCGGAACUCGAACAGCCUUCUGAAACGGAUUAAGUUCGAGUUCCGAGAUCCACUGUAGACAAUUUUACAAAUUAACCUUGUUACACCCACUUGGCUGUCAAACAGACAACAGGUCAUGUUACUUCCUGGUUUGGUUAGCUCAGUAGAGCUAAACUUCAGAGGCAGCAAUUGCUCAGAGCGCCUGCCUUUGCAAAGACUUCUCUUUGAGCUGCAUUGGGAAGUCUGUAAUUGGACAGCCACAUAAAGUCUGGGUGGCGUUAGAUGGGCAGUGAUUGCAAAGGUAGAAUUGCAGAUUUUGCAAGCUGUUUUAGAAACACCUCAAUUAAAAAUGUAUAAUGAAUGCAAGUUUUCAUUUGGGGUAUAUCUAUUCAACAGUGAUUUUGUAUUUAUUUUGUAUUUGGGCAAUGGAGAGUUACUACAUCAUUGAAACUUCUUGACACUGUUUUUCACUCUUCCUCUAAAGAAAAAGAAAUAUGAAUUGGAACUGCAGUGUGCUUCUAGUUUUGAAUGGGUGUUUUUAUUCUGGUGGGCUUUAAGUAUAUACGUUCCCCAAAACAUUUAAAUAACCGUGAACUGUUCUUAUAAGGUCCUUCCAAAAUAUUAUAUGGUAGUGUGUAUGUAUUAUUUCCCCAAGUCCAACAUAAACUACAUUUCUAUUUAACCACUCUUACCUUCCAAUUUAUUCCAGGCCAGCACACACAUUUUCUAUGCUCUUAGUGCCUAUGUACAGAAUGAAGCCCGAUCAUAAUGUCCCCUCUCAGAUCUUCACAUGUUACAGCUUGUCUACUGAUAAAACUUUUUCCAUGUUGCUCAUUUCUCAUGUGGGAAUAAGCAGAAACCUUCACGGGAAUAUAUUGUUUACCUUUUGAUAAACCUUGUAACAAGAUGUCUUUUAAGAUUCACAUUGUUCUGCACUUUUCUGUGUUUGGGUGUUUUGAUUUUCACUCUUUGAUAAAAUACCCACGCAUAUUGAUAUUUCCCCAAUCUUAAAGUGCUUCUUACUUUGUAUUUGGCUGGCAAAGCCUCCUGAGUGAAUCAGCUGUAAGUAAGUAUUUGCCUGGACAUUAACAGAUUGUGGAUUCUGAUAUCAUCAUAUUUCUGAUGUCUUGACAACAAAUGCCACAACCUCCUUUUACAGGCAUUUAGCAAUGCGUUCAUUAUUCUAAUUUUCAAGAGCUAGAGAUCUGUCGCACUGCUACUGGUCAGCUGUGUGUCUAAUGACAAAAUAUGUCCAUUCUAAAAAGUAAAGCUAAUAGCUCCUUUUCAUGGUUUACUUAAUUUAAUCUUUUCAUAUGUUGUUUGGAUAUGUUAGCCCAUUUAGUCUGUAUUUUAAUAUAAUUCAUCACCUCCACAUCAAAGUGCAUCAUUUCAGCCUUUCUUUUCUCUAUUUUUUUUUUCUGUGUGGUAUAUAGAAAAGGUAACUAAAAUGUGUGGGUCAUUUGGGAGCUAGGGGUUUACAGCCAGGGUGGGCAAUCAUGAUGGCGGUAACAAAGCAAUGUCCACUGUCCAUAAUAUGAUUGACAAGCAAUUAUCCCAGCCUACACCAAAAUGUAACUUGGUAAUAUUUCAGCUGUUUUGUGGAUUGUUUGUUAAUAUUUGACCAAGACUGAAAGUAAAAUGUUGCCAGGCUAUUUUUUGAUGGUGACCUGUUAAUUACAGUAUAUGUUGUGGAUAAAAUGUCUAAUAUACAGUAUAGACUCUGGAGUGAAGGAUUUUCAGCACAAUAAUUCUUUUUUAUUUUGUCAAUCAAUUUUUUAUUGAGAUGAAAGUGGAAUAAAUUUAGCAUACAGUAAUGUUAUUAUUAAUGUGCUUCUGAUGACAGUUUUACUACUAACGUAUGCAAAUUGCCAUGGACAAUAAAUGUAAAGUAAUAAAUACAGUUCACACAGAUUUUUUCCAUUGACUAGCUUACUUUGUUUACUACUUGUAUUUCAGAAUUACUUUGAUGGGAAGCUGUCACCUCAGGGGAAAAUGCCCUGGAUAGAAUAUAACCACAAACGAGUGUCUGGCACCGAAUUCAUUAUUGAUUUUUUGGAAGAAAAACUUGGGGUUAAUUUAAACAAAAAUCUCAAUCCUCAUGAAAGAGCUGUAUCCAGGGCUGUCACAAAAAUGGUUGAAGAGCACUUUUACUGGUGAGUUUACAAUGCAGAGGGAUGCAAUUUAAACUGACAGGUUGAAUUGGCCAACCGUAAUGUCCAUGGUAGGAAUUUAAUAAUCGCCUUCUCUUGAUCUAUUCGAUGACAUAGGUAGAAGUAACAAGUAUUUGGUACAUAGAUAGUUGUUACUAAGUUACGCAACCGAAAUGUGGCAUAUCCAUUUUCAGACAGUUAUUUGACUCUAUCAAAUGCAUUAAUGCAACACGACUUUUUGGCAUCCUUAGCCUUUCAAAACUGAGCACUUUUUGAAAAAAAAUCCUUGACUUAAUUUUCUAAUUUUUCUUGUUUUCUGGUUUCCUGUCUCAGCUAUUCCUUAUCGUUAUCCUGAACUUUGGCUAUUUCUUUACUAUUCUCUCACUAACCACGUUAAACUCGGCCAUGCUAAGGUCCGGUAAUACCUUCUCUCUAUUAAGGGUUGUAUUCUACGUGUUGGGGUAACUUUGUCAUGACAUAGGGCUGCACGGUGUCAAAAUUGAAGAGAUAGUGUCUGACAGCUGUCCACCAGCUCCUUCUUUUGAAUCAAUCCCUGCACUUUCUCCCCUGUUGUCUCUAAUAAACCUCCCCAAGCUCUAUGCUUUGAGUUCCGCCCUCGCUCUCUGUCCUGCCGAAAGCUCUCCACUUUAGUCUUAUCCAGGCAUGAAAUUAAAGCACUGUUCCCCAAAACUUUGUCUGAUGCUCUGCACAUAGAAAUGGAACAAAACUGUUUAGUAGUGACCUCAAAUAGUAAUGUUUUACCUUUAGCACUACAGAUCUUACUGAGUACAUUUUCCAUGAGACUCAGCUAGCCAAUGGCUAAAUGUCUUGAGAGAUAUACUAUACAUGAACUGCAGUGUUACUGGUAAGUCAUAAGAGUCCUUAACCAUAUAAAGUCAUUUUUUAUUUUUAUAAAAUACUAAAGUAUAUAAACAAAAACAGAUUGGGCGCUAGGUGACACUGUAAGUAAUAACAACCUUAAUAUAUUGAUAGAAUAUGGUAAACUCGUAUAUGGUAAACAUAUUACUCAGUACUCAUUACCUUGGUAAACUCAUUAGCUCCUUUGGCUUCCAAUAUCAUUUCUAUGCAGCUGACACGCAUAUCUACCUGUCCUCUCCUGAUCUUUCCCCGUCCCUCUUAACUAAUGUAUCUGACUGCCUCUCUGCUAUUUCUAACUGGAUGGCUGCCCACUUCCUUAAACUAAACUUGACCAAAACGGAAAUUCUGGUCUUACCUCCCUCAAGUGUUGUUACUCAUGUGUCUGUCUCCCUCCAAGUCAACGGUGCUACCAUCAGCUGCCUAGGUGUUCUCUUUGACUCCGACCUCUCCUUCAAGCCUCAUGUUCAAUCUAUCACCAAAUCCUGUCAUUUCCAUCUCAAAAACAUUGCGCGCAUCCGCCCCUACUUAACGCCAGAUGCGACUAAGGUGUUGGUCCAUUCCACUGUCCUUUCUUGCCUUGACUACUGUUAUCAGCUUCUCAGUGGUCUUACAUGCUCCCAACUUGCGCCAUUACAGUCCAUAAUGAAUGCGGCGGCAAGGCUCAUCUUCCUGUCCACCCGCACCUCCCAUGCCUCACCCUUCUGUCAGUCCCUACAUUGGCUUCCUAUAAAAUAUAGAGCUCAAUUUAAAAUUCUGGUUCUUGCUUUCAAAUCUUUACAUAAUGCUGCUCCACCUAUCUAUCCUCCCUUAUACACAAGUAUGUCCCGUCUAGGCCCUUACAAUCUGCUGAAGACUUACGUCUAUCUUCUGUCCAUACUCCCACCUCUGAUGCUCGCCUUCAAGAUUUCUCGAGGGCUGCAUAGUUCCUGUGGAACUCACUUCCCUCCUCCAUUAGAUGCUCACACAGUCUCCACUCCUUCAAAAAAUCGUUAAAAACCCACUUCUUCAUAAAAACGUAUCAAUUAAACUGUUAAUAGCUCCUGACUGAUUCCUCUACUGCAACUGUCACUCGUCUAAUACUAUCCUUACUUUUUUGUGUAAUUUUUCCCCACUCCCUCUAGCAUGUAAACUCAUUGAGCAGGGCCCUCAACCCCUCUGUUCCUGUGUGUCCAACUUGUCUGGUUACAACUACAUGUCUUUUCGUCCACCCAUUGUAAAGUGCUGCGGAAAUUGACGGCGCUUUAUAAAUAUCAUGAUAAUAAUAAUAAUAAUAUUAUGUGAGCAAAGUCCAACAGGACAAGGGCAAAUUUUACGGAGAGAGGGCGGAAUCAAUUUUCAGGGGUGUAGCCUAGCACUACACCAUCCGCCUCUGGUAUACAGUGUCCAUUAUCUUGCAAUAUUUUGUAGAGGGACUGAAAUGUUGGUGUAAAAGCUAAAAAUAAAAAUUUUCUCACAAUCAAUAGGUAUGACAAAAUAAAUACAAAUGGACAUAAUGCCCACUUACAGUACUGAUAAAUAAUAUAUUUCUAAAAUAAAGGUAUUUAAAAAGUUCUAUUGUAAUCUUUUUCACUCUUUAGAUUGCUAAGGUAAUGCUAAUGGUGAAAUGGUAGAGCCCAUUUGCUUUUCCACCCUGUUUGAAGGAAUGGUAUGGCCCAUUGAAACUUCCUUUACUGUUUAGAAGGAAGGGAUGAGCUGACAUUUUCAGCACACUUGCAGCUAUUAAAUUAGUGACUAGUGGCUUCUGGCAGAUCAGUUUGCUUCUCUACACACUGGUAUUCAUUCCUUUGACACACAGCAACCACAAAGACAGUGGGGGAAAAAGGUGGAUUGGCGCUAAUAGAAGUAAAUGCUGCUCCCAUAGCAUCUAAAACCACUCACAAGACACCACACAGUAAAAUUUGUAAGAAAAUAUACAUAUAAGAUUGUUGGGUUUUUGUUUUUUAAAAUCCACUUCAUUGUACAUUUGCUCAAUUUACCCCCUACCCCCUCAAAUGUUUUUUUAAUUAAUUGAAUACCAUGAAAUUUCAUAUUUGUGGGAUCCUUUUUAUGACAGAUUAAAAAAAAUGUAAGGAUACAUUAUGAUUAGGGUAACCUCUUUUAAUAUUAUAUAUGUGCUCACGUAUUCUAGUCUUUAUACAUCUCAAUGUUUUAUCCUCAUAUUGUAGGCCACAAAGGCACGUGAGCACGUAUAUAAUAUUCAGAGAAUUACAAGUUAUAUUUAUAUAUAUUGUUACUCAUUUAUGUACUAAAUUGCAUUUUGCAAGAAAGUUUAUGCUCAGUGAAGGGGUUUAUAUGUUGUAUUUUUUUUUUAUUGCACGUUGUUUGCCACAACAUAGGCCUCUAGAACAGACAUGAGUCUCCAGACUUCCUUAUCAGAGUAUGUACACAACCUAUCCACUGACUGCAUUACAUUAGCUUAUCUGCUAUAAAAAAAAGCUGCAUGCAUUAGAAAAGGACACCCAGGCAGAAGAAUAGCAAGGCUGGAGAGUCCAAUGUCUACCAGCCAGUGGAAGUUUUGAGCCCUAUAUAUAUGUGUAUAUGUAUAUAUACAUAUAUAUAUAUAUAUAUAUAUAUAUAUAUAUAUAUAUGCAAAAAAUAAGAGAUGCACUCUCAGGACUUGUUUAAUCGAUAAUGAAGUAUUUUAUUAAAAAGAAGGUUUACAUAAUAUGAUCGACGUUUCGACCCCUCAGGGUCUUCCUCAAGAUUGAGGAAGACCCUGAGGGGUCGAAACGUCGAUCAUAUUAUGUAAACCUUCUUUUUAAUAAAAUACUUAAUUAUCGAUUAUACAAGUCCUGAGAGUGCAUCUCUUAUUUUUUGCAUAUAUUCCAUAACGUGGGAUUGCACCAAGGCACUAAGAAAACCAUUUUUGAAUUGGAGAAAGGGUGAGUGCCAAGCUUUCUGUUUGUUAUAUAUAUAUAUAUAUAUAUAUAUAUAUAUAUAUAUAAAAUUUUCCACAUUUUUAUUUUAAUGCAAAAACUAUAGAAAUCCUCUGAAGAAGAGAGAUGUCCCUUAAAUUUAAUUAUAAAAGUAAAACAAUCUUAAGAAGAAUGGAGCAAUCCAUUUAAUUGUAAGCCAGGUACUUUACCAAGACUUCCACAGGUCGUACCACAGACGUUAGCAAAAUCAGGGACCAUGUAAAUUGAACAGUAUUCUUAAGAGAACAGAAGAGGAAAACCACAAAAAAAGUAAAAAAAUUAGUUACCAGAAAGCCUUCCUGAUUGACGGGUCAGCUAAAUACGUUCAAUAUUUUAAGGUAAGUCAAAUGUCACACCAGAGAAUCAUAGUUAGUGGAGUUGGCAUGUAAUCUGAAAUUGGUUCACACCAGUAAUUCAGUCCGAGGUGAGUAGGAUUUAGGUUAGGAGGAGGUUUCAAACAAGCCAGUGGGGCUCAAUAUGUAUAAAUUAAAUUUUUUUUUAAAACUUUAAAAUCUCCCGAAUGCCCCUACUCGCUAUACCGCGAGUAGGGGCAUGUCUACUAAUAAGUAUAAAAAAAAGCACAAAAAACCUAGUACCCUCCUCCCCUGGCCCCCACCCCUGAGCGGCGGAUGGGGGCCAUAAAUGACAAUGGGGGGGACCUAUUGAGCGGCGGGUGGGGGCCAUAAAGGAAAAUGAGGGGGGGACCUAUUGUCCUCCCCCAUGGCCCCCACCCCUGAGCGGUGGGUGGGGGCCAUAAAGGAAAAUGAGGGGGGACCUAUUGUCCUCCACCCCCCCGACCCCUGAGUAGUAGGUGGGGGCCAUAAAUGACAAUGAGGGGGGACCUAUUGUCCUCCUCCCCCGGCCCCCACCCCUGAGCGGCGGGUGCGGGCCAUAAAGGAAAAUGAGGGGGGAUCCUAUUAUCCUCCCCCCUGGCCCCCACCCCUCAGCGGUGGGUGGGGGCCAUAAAUAACAAUAAGGGGGGGACCUAUUGUCCUCCUCCCAGCCCCCACCCCUGAGCGGCGGGUGGGGGCCAUAAAGGAAAAUGAGGGGGGACUUAUUGUCCUCCCCCCCGGCCCCCACCCCUGAGUGGCGGGUGGGGGCCCUAGAUUAAAAUGUCCCCCUCCCCCUUCCAAGGUGACUAGGGGUCCCCAAGGCCCUAGUCACCCCCCACCCCACUAAAAAAUAAUCCCCUGCUUCCCCCCUCACCCUAAAAUAGUGAGGGGGGAAUAAAAAAACUAACUACCUGUAAAAAAAAAUAAAACUUACCAUUUGAUGUCUUCAUUUUUCAAAAAUCUUUUUUCAGCCCCAAAAAAGGCCAAAUAAAAACCAUAAUACCCGUCGAACUUGUAAAAAAUAAAAUAAAAAACCUGAGCGCAAAAAAAAAAAUCAGACGAAAAAGAAAAAACCCGACGCUACAAAUUUAUCCAUCUUCACCCGGCGAGGGCACGGCGCAGACUGAGUCUUUCCCGCCUUGCAAUUAGGCUCAGAACACUCUAAUUUCCUGUCAGUCUCUUCAUUUACCUGUCAGAGCACUCUGAUUGGAUGGCUCUGAGCCUAAUUGCAGGGUGGGGCAAUGCUUUAUAAGCCUCUCCCCGCCCUGCGGAGCUCAGUCUGCGCCAUGCCCUCGCCGGGUGAAGAUGGAUUAAUUUUUUUUAGCGUCAGGUUUUUAUCUUUUUUAUCUGAUUUUUUUUGCGCUCUGGUUUUUUAUUUAAUUUUUUUCAAGUUCAACGGGUAUUAAAGGACCACUCUAGGCACCCAGACCACUUCAGCUUAAUGAAGUGGUCUGGGUGCCAGGUCCAGCUAGGGUUAACCCAUUUUUUAAUAAACAUAGCAGUUUCAGAGAAACUGCUAUGUUUAUUAAUGAGUUAAGCCUUCCCCCUAAUCCUCUAGUGGCUGUCUCAUUGACAGCCACUAGAAGGCUAUGCUUUCUCACUGUGAUUUUCACGGUGAGAGCCGCCAGCGUCCAUAGGAAAGCAUUGCUUUCCCAUGCGACCCGGCUGAAUCUUGGGCGCGCAGCUCGCAGCGCAUGCGCAUUCAGCCGACGGGGAGGAGAGAAGGAGGAUCGGAGGAGGAGAGCUCCCCGCCCAGCGCUGGAAAAAGGUAAGUUUAAACCCCUUUCCCCUUUCCAGAGCCGGGCGGGAGGGGGACCCUGAGGGUGGGGGCACCCUCAGAGCACUAUAGUGCCAGGAAAACGAGUAUGUUUUCCUGGCACUAUAUUGGUCCUUUAAGGUUUUUAUUUGGCCUUUUUUGGGGCUGAAAAAAAGACAUCAAAUGGUAAGUUUAAUUUUUUUUACAGGUAGUUAGGUCUUUUAUUCCCCCCUCACAAUCUUUAGGGUGAGGGGGGUAGGUAGGGGAUUAUUUUUUAUUUAGGUACGGGGGUGACUAGGGGCUUGGGGCCCUUUGUCACCUUGGAGGGGGGGGGGGGAAUUUUCAUUUAGGGCCCCACCCGCCGCUCAGAGGUGGGGGCGGGGGGAGGACAAUAGGUGUCCCCCCCCUCAUUUUCCUUUAUGGCCCCCACCCACCGCUCAGGGGUGGGGGAAGGACUUUAGCCCCCCCCUUAUUGUUAUUGGCCCCCACCCACCGCUGAGGGGGGCCAGUGGGGAGGACAAUAGGUCCCCCCCUAUCAUUUAUGGCCCCCACCGCUCAGGGAUGGGGGCCGGGGGAAGGAAAAUAGGUGUGUGUCCUUUCAUUUUCCUUUAUGGCCCCCACCGACCGCUCAGGGGUGGGGGCGAGGAGAGAACAAUAGGCCCCAACUUAUUGUUAUUUAUGGCCCCCACCCACCGCUCAGGGGUGGGGGCUGGGUGGGAGGACAAUAGGUCCCCCCCUUAUUGUUAUUUAUGGCCCCCACCGACCGCUCAGGGGUGGGAGCCAGGGGGAGGACAUUAGGUCCCCCCUCAUUAUCCUAUAUGGCUCAGGGGUGGGGGCAGGACAAUAGGCCCCCCCUUAUUUUUAUUUAUGGCUCCCACCCACUGCUCAGGGGUGGGGGCCGGGUGGGAGGACAAUAGGUUCCCCCCUCAUUUUUCUUUAUGACCCCCACCCACCGCUGAGGGGGGGCCUGUGGGGAGGACAGUAGGUCCCCCCUAUCAUUUAUGGCCCCCACCCACCGCUCAGGGGUAGGGGCUGGGGGAAGGAAAAUAGGUGUGUCCCCACUCAUUUUCCUUUAUGGCCCCCACCCACCGCUCAGGGGUGGGGGCGAGUGGAGAACAAUAGGCCCCCCUUAUUGUUAUUUAUGGCCCCCACCCAUCGCUCAGGGGUGAGGGCCGGGUAGGAGGACAAUAGGUCCACCCCCUUAUUGUUAUUUAUGGCCCCCACCCACCGCUCAGGGGUGGGUGCCGGGGGCCGGGUAUUAGGAUUUUUUCUGGAUUUUUAUUUGGCCUUUUUUUGUGGCUGAAAAAAGAUUUUAGAAGAAAGAAAACAUCAAAUGGCAAUUUUUUUUUUUUUACACCUACUUCAGUAAUGCUCCCCCUCAUUAUUUUUAGGGUGAGGGGGUUAGGUAUAUAUUAGGUUUAUCCUAUAUGGCUCAGAGGUGGGGGCAGGACAAUAGGCCCCCCUUAUUGUUUUUUAUGGCUCCCACCCACUGCUCAGGGGUGGGGGCCGGGUGGGAGGACAAUAGGUUCUCCCCUCUUUUUCCUUUAUGGCCCCCACCCACCGCUCAGGUGUGGGGGCCGGGGGAGAGGAGAAUAGGUCCCUCCCCUCAUUAUCCUUUAGGGCACCCACCGCCGUUCAGGUGUGGGGGCCGGGGGAGAGGACAAUAGGUCCCCCCUAUUGUUACUUAGGGCCCCCACCCGUUGCUCAGGCUUGGGGGCCGGGGGGUUCUAGGUUUUUUUUGUGGGUUUUUUAACAGUGAGCAGGCUGCUCACUGUUUAGUAGACAUGCCCUUACUCAUGGUAUAGCGAGUAGGGGCAGCAUUUACUAAUACUAAGUAAUCUUUACUUAGUAUUAGUAAUUGUGGCUGAAAUACCAAUUUAGGUUUUUCAGCCUUUUGGUAGAUAGCUCCCUAAUACCGUGGGAAUUAGGGAGUUAUCUACAAAGCGGUUGCAAGAUGCAGCUGCGGCACAAAUAGGAUCGGAGUUUCAUUCAUUAGAAUGAAAUUCUGAUAUGAACAAAGUCCCGAAUUGUGUCCUAACUCGAAUGAACAAACUGUUCUCAUUCUGUUAAGACGCAAUUUGGCAGUUUCGCCGGCACCCUGUCUAAAUGACAGGACGUUCGGGAAUACUGACAGGAAGCAUCAUGGGAACAGGGAGGAAAGCUUAGAAUUGUGGGAAAAUUUCUCUGACCACCGGAAAUGAAGCACACUUUGCUCCUCCGCUGGUCAGAGAUGGUCAGGCGUAGGAAACCUCCAUAAGACAAAUAGUUCCUGUGACGGAACGCUGGCACUCCGACUGAGUACCUCCGCCAAUCGAUGCUCCUAGCGCUUGCCGAGGACUCCAAGCACUCCAACUGACACCAUCAGCACUGCAGAUCCCACUUCCAGCGAUACAGCUGCACCGGGGUCUCACCGUCUCCACCCACCCUGGAUCCACGACCAGGAUCCAGCUCCCAGUGGGUGAGCCUCUCUAAAUCCAGAGAGCGUAGCAGGAACAAAUCAAGCUAUUGCAAGAGCUUACUCAGGGGAGUAAGUGAUUCUAGCAAUCCCCAGAGUGUAGGUAUCCCUUCCCCCAAACAUGAGCCAAGGCUUCAAGAAAGGUACAAGAUGAUCUGGUUUUAAUGACCACACACUGGCUUUUAUGCAAGUCCCCAUGCAAGGGGACAUCCCACAGGGUGGGACCCAGUAUAACCAAUCACAGACAAUACAAACAAAACACUCCCACAGUGACAUCACAAUCCCUCCUCUCUAUCCUGGAGAUAAUUGGGAAGUAAUCAAAUUAUCUCCCAGGACAGAGGCAAGACUCCAUUAACCACAUGGUUACAAAAAGACAUGAAAUUACACAAUGUUACAAUUACUACAUAAAACAUAUACAUGCAACAUAUCCCCAGAUAGCUUAGAUCUGAGUGCACAUUAUUACUGAAUGGCGCUCAGAUCACAUACAUACAAUUCAAUCGCCAUGGAGCCAAAGUCUUUUCCAUAGUCUUUUGUUACACAAAUAGGCUCCAUGGCAUAGCUAUCUGGGAUAGCACUACUACCAUACUGAAAGUCCAGAACGCCCCAACAGAAAUGCACAAAUAAACCUUUCUGCAGGGGAAAAUACCGCUAUCAGCACAUGGGCCAUAGUCGGAAGGCAGGAGGCUAGCCAGUAGUCCCCUCCAGGCACAAGUGGCGAAGGGCACUUCGUCACAGUUCCUACUUUGUCUUAUGUUUUAAAGAAAACUAGAGCAGACAGGUAGAAAUGAAGAACAUAUCCUGAGAGAGGGAGAGAAGAGGAAUCGAUUAAAGAAAGGUAAGUUCAGCAUGACAGUGCCGCUUUAAACAUCAAUGUGCUAAAGGCACUCUCAGGACUCCAUAACAUCUUCAAUACAAAGAAGUUGCUAUGGUGCCUGGAGUUUUUUUUAAUCAUGAGAGAAGUUUUCAAACUUAUGUACCAUAUUAUAUGUCUGGGAAAACCUGAAAACAUGAGCUUUUCAAUUGUCUAGACUAAAAUUAAUAUGCCGUCUUUUAAUAGCUUCACAUUAUGAACUAUUUCAAGCAUAAUAUAUCUCAUUGUAUUAUUUGUAUCUUUGCAGGACUUUGGCAUAUUGCCAGUGGGUUGACAAUCUCCAUGAGACUCAGAAAAUGCUUUCUGUUACUGGACCCCUUAGUGACUUACUAAAGUGGAUUCUGUGCCACCUUACUAAAGGUAUUGUGAAACGGGAGAUGUAUGGACAAGGCAUUGGUCGUUUCUCUGAAGAGGAGAUUUACAUGCUGAUGGAGAAAGACAUGCGAUCACUAGCCGGACUUUUGGGUAACACUAAAAGUGCUAUCUCUGUUCCUUGGGCAUUAGUAGAAAUUGGAGAUAUUUUUGAGUCAAUUCAUAGUUCCAUCUGUAUAUAUUUAUUUAUUUUUCAGUUUACAUAAAUGUUAAAGGAGAUGGCUUCUAUAACUUAUAAGGAUAAUUGUAUUAUCAUUCAUUACUGUCAAUACAAUCCUCAUGUUCUGCACACAAAAAACAAACUUAAUGAAACGUAAGGGCACACUCUAGUUAACAAACCAGUGGCUUUGGUGCAUAGAUACUGUUCUUUCCUUGGUCAUAUAAAAAAGUUCUUUCUCACAAAUAGCAAUGCUGCAUUUGACUGGAAUAAUGCCUCAAGUGGCUGUCUGAUGGACAGCCUUUAGAGGCUCUUCUUCCUCGCACCCUUUGCUUUUUCGAAUGAUGAUGUUGAAUGUGGUAAAUGCUUCUCAUACUAAACAAUGGAUUCAAUGCAGGGCCGGCGAGUCCAUAAGGCGGCACAAGUGGCCGCCUUAGGGCACCAGAGCAGGGGGACGCAAAAAUCCGAAUCCCCUGCCUCUGGCUCUGGCCAUGCCUCUGGCUUGGACUCGGAUUUUCUAAUUAACUGUCUCCCUGCAGCCAUCACACAGCAGCAAUUCCACCGCUGUUCUCCCAGACUCCCCAGUGGAUGGGAGAAGAGCAGUGGAAGACACGCCCCCUCCUGCUGGCAUCAUCAGGAGAGGCCGGCCGACUUCAAUUGCUGCUGUAUGAUGGCUGCAGUCUCCUGCUCCUGUCUCACCCCUCCCUGGGCCAAGGUAAGCCUCAGAGAUGGGGGAUACUUUUUUUGUUUUUUUAAUCCAAUUUUUCUAAUUUUUUGGCAGCCCCUGUCCAUCCCCCCUGCAUCCCCCUCUAGAGCUACUGUGCCUCCCCACCACUGCCCCUGUGCCCUCUCUGUAGACCAUGCCCCCUCCACAGCUCCUAUCACCCUCUAGAGCUCAUGUGCCCCCUCUCUCAAUCCCUGUGCCCCUCCUUACCACAGCAACUCUAUCCAGCUUCUGUCCCUCCCUCUCCAGCUUCUGUCCCCCUCCCUCUCCAGCUCCUGUCCCCCCUCUCCCUCCAGCUCCUGUCCCCCUUAGCUCCUGCCCCCUCUCAGCUCUUGCCUCUCCCUUUACAGCUUCUGUCUACCCCCUCUCCAGCUCCUGCCCCCCUACAGCUCCUGUGUCCACUUCUACAGAUCCUGUCCCCCUUUCCAGCUCCUGCCCCCUUUCCAGCUCCUGCCCCCCUCCAGCUCCUGUGUCCACUUUUACAGAUCCUGUUCCACCCCCCCUCCUGCUUCUGCUCCCCUCUCUCUAGCUUCUGUCCCCUCUCUCCAGCUCCUGCCUGCCCCACCCUCUACAGCCCCUGUGUCCCCCUUUCAGCCCUUGUGUCACCCACUUCUCAGGGCCUGCGUCCCUCACCACAGCCCCUGUCCCCUCUCUCAGCCCAUGUAACCUGAUUUGCCCCCCCACCACAACCCCUCCCAACCCCUCUCAGCCCUUGGAGGGAAGAAAGAGACACAUAAAGGGGCUGAGAUACACAAGUGAGGUGUAAAAGACACACAAGAGGGUGUAAUACAUAGUAAAGGGGGGAUAAAAUACAAUAAAGAGGGUAACAAUUCAAAAGCGGGGUUAUGAGAGACACAGGUGAAGAUGCAAUUUUUUAAAGGGGGGGGGGGUGCCUGUGUAGCCAAAAAUCAUACAUCAUUGGAGCACUGGAUUUACGGAUCCUGACAAUUUCUGCUCAUAUAUCAUGUGUCCUCAAUGCUUCUCUGUAUCACAAGCAUCUGAUUGGAAAAAAGUCAUAAGAAUUGAGGACGCAGAUCAGGCGCUGCAAGGACAAUAUCCCAGAACUGGAAUGAAUGUAAGUUUUAUUGCAUUUCAAUUCAUUUAGAAAAAACAAAAACAAAAAGUAAAGAGGGAGCAGUAAACCAAGCAAACAAGGAACACAUUUAGUAAAGUUAUUUUUAUUUGUUUAACCCCUUUAGGACGGCAGGCAUUCUAUGCCAUCCUUUUUUAGGCGGUCCUAAACGCUGGAGGGUAGCAUAGAAUGUCCUCGCCGUCUUUACUACUUACCGGGUCCCAGCCAAUCCCCUGCCGGCGGUCGCGAUCCUGGAGACUGCCUGGGAGCCCAGGCAGUCCCCCUCAGUGUGAACCGGCCAUCCUAGGCCAUGUGAUCACAUAGCCAGAAUGGCUGUCUGUCUGCAGGGGUACUGCCUGAGCUCUCAGGUAGUUCCCCUACUGACUGUUAAAAAGUUUUUUAAAGUUAAUAAAAGUUUUGUAAGUCAAUAAAAAAGUACUUUGAUCAUAUAUAUAUAUAUAUAUAUAUAUAUAUAUACACAGUAUAUACAGUAUUUGAUCUAAGUACUUUUAUAUACACAUACAUACAUACACUAUCAUACUAAGUGUAUUUUAAUAUUAAUAUAUAUAUAUAUAUAUAUAUAUAUAUAUAAUUAUGUAUUCUUAUAUAUAUUAAUAUUAAAAUACACUUAGAAUAACGUUAAUUAUAUAUAUAUAUAUAUAUAUAUAAAAUAAAAAUAAUUCAAUUUAAAUGAUUUUUUUUAAUUAAAACAAUUAUAAAAAAUAAAAUUUAAAAAAAUUAUAUACCUGUGUAAUUUUAUUCUAACUGUAUUUUGAUAUUAAAACACAUAUAUAUUUAUAUCAAAAUACAUUAGGAUGACGUUAUAAAUAUAUAUGUAUAUCUAUAUAUAUUUAUUUAUCUACCUACCUGUCUAUCUAUCUAUCUAUCUAUCUAUCUAUCUAUCUAUAUAUAUAGUUUAUAAUUUAUAUACAUAUAUGUUUAAAUUCUACAUAUAAAUGUAUGUAAUAUUUUUACAUAAUUAUGUAAUUUUAUUCAUUACAAUUUGAAGGACCUGUUUGACAACCCAGGCAGAAAAUCUAUAGAAUUUGUUUUGCAAUCCCUAUAUUUAUCCCUGUAACUUUCCAAGACACCUUAAAACCUGUACAUGGGGGGGCGGGGUACUGUUUUACUUGGGAGACUUUGCUGAACACAAAUAUUAGUGUUUCAAAACAGUAAAACAUAUCACGAUGUUAGUGUUGAUUUCGGCAGUGAAAUAGCAAUUUUUCACACAUAAACAGCACUUUCACUGACGAUAUAAUUGCUGUGAUAUAUUUUACUGUUUUGAAACCCUAAUAUUUGUGUUAAGUGAAGUCUCCUGAGUAUAACAGUACCCCACAUGUACAUGUUUUAUGAUGUUUUUGAAAUUUACCGAGUCAAAAAUAAGGCUUGCAUUUCAGUUUUUUCACAUUGAAAUUUGCCAUAUUGGUUAUGUUGCCUUUGAGAUGGUAUGGUAGCCCAGGAAUGAGAAUUACCCCCAUAAUAGCAUACCAUUUGCAAAAGUAGACAAUCCAAUGUAUUACAAAUGGGGUAUCUCCAGUGUUUUUUAGUAGCCACUUAGUCACAAACACUGGACAAAGUUAGCAUUCAAGUUAGUUUUUUGCAUUUUUCAAAAACAAACAAAUAUGAACGCUAACUUUGUCCACUGUUUGUGACUAAGUGGCUACUAAAAAAGCCUGGACAUACCCCGUUUGUAAUAUCUUGGGUUGUCUACUUUUGCAAAUGGUAUGCUAACAUGGGGGUAAUUCUCAUUCCUGGGCUACCAUAAGGUCUCAAAGGCAACAUAACCUGUCUGUAAUGAAAUUUCAAUGUGUAUAAACUGAAAAAUGUGACAUGCUAUAUUUGACCCUGUAACUUUCCAAAACACCAUAAACCCGUGAGACAUUGCUGAAUCCAAAUAUGUGUACUUUAUUGCAGUAACCACUAACAUUAUUAUUACAUUCAAAGUUAAAAUUCCAUGCAGAACUAAAAAAAUAAAAAAAAUCUUAAUUUCUAAAAAAAAAUUAUAUUUUAUUAAAGGACCACUAUAGUGCCAGGAAAACAUACUCGUUUUCCUGGCACUAUAGUGCCCUGAGGGUGCCCCCACCCUCAGGGACCCCCUCCCGCCCGGCUCUGGAAAGGGGAAAAGGGUUAAAACUUACCUUUUUCCAGCGCUGGGCGGGGAGCUCUCUGCCUCCUCUCCUCCUCCGUUCCUCCUCCUGGGCUGAAUGCGCACGCGCGGCAAGAGCUGCGCGCGCAUUCAGCCCGUCGCAUAGGAAAGCAUUUACAAUGCUUUCCUAUGGACGCUUGCGUGCUCUCACUGUGAAAAUCACAGUGAGAAGCACGCAAGCGCCUCUAGUGGCUGUCAAUGAGACAGCCACUAGAGGAUUAGGGGGAAGGCUUAACCCAUUCAUAAACAUAGCAGUUUCUCUGAAACUGCUAUGUUUAUAAAAAAAUGGGUUAACCCUAGAAGGACCUGUCACCCCGACCACUUCAUUAAGCUGAAGUGGUCUGGGUGCCUAGAGUUGUCCUUUAAUAUUAAAUUAUGUUUUAUAUUUAAGUAUUUGAUUUUAAAUAAAGGUCCUGUUUUUCAUGAAUAAAAUGGUAUAUAAUAAGUGUAGGUGUACUUGAUAUAAAAAAGGGGAAUUACGGUUAAACAGACAUAUAGCGCAAAUUCCAGGUUUUGUUUACAUUUUGUUUUGAUCACAACUUGUACAAUUGUCACAGUCCUUAAGGGGUUAGUUAGAGUUCCUUUACAUGUUGAUUUUACUAGUUGGCUUCAGCUAACAAUGUUUCCAGGAUCUCAUUGGCUGCACCGUGUUUGAGAUAUGAGACUAAUAAAAUAUUCAUACACAAGGGCAGUAUAACCUUUCUUUACAUUAGAUUAAUAUGUACGUCCAUUUAAAUUACAUCGACAUCUGUCUUUAGACAUGAACAGGCUUGUAAAUAUCAAUAUGUUACUUAAAUGAAAUCACAUUUCACAUAUAAAUUAUGCAUUUACCAAAUGCAUUUGUUUCACAUUGAUCGUGCUUGUGUAGUGUGCACUUAAAAUCUUAGGAGCUUAUUUUACACCAGUUUACACUAUAUAUUUAGUAAUAAUUAUAGCAUUUCUUUGAGGGUAUUUAGACUUCUGUGUACAUGUGUCAGUCUUGAAAAUGUAUGGGUAAUCUGGGUAUGAGAGUAUCUCACUAUUGGCUAGGAUAAUAUUAGCAACACACUGAAUAUAUUGUUUUUAUUUUAGGUUUUUUACUAGUAAUUAAAUAUUUAAACAUCUUUUUUUGUUUGUUUUUUUACAUUGUACUAUACAAAAUAUUUUCAAUUAAAAAAGUUUAAGUAUAAAUAUGCAAACAUCAACCACAUGAUAAUUCUCUGCCAUCAACACUUAUAUUCAAUCACGUUUGAGCUGGUGAGAUUGUAUGAAAUUUUGUAACAUCCCAUCCUGGUGCAUAUUUGUCAUGUAUGGGAGGUUAAAGUGGCUCUGUCAUGGUCCAUUCCUAUUUUCUUUCACUGUUACCUUCCAACUCUCUCAGUUCUAAAUGUCACUCCCCAUCUCCCACCACCACCCCUUUAUUAUGACUGAUUACACCUAUUUUUUUAUAAUUUGAUUCCAACUGUGUAAAAACGUCCUGGCAGUGAUGCAUACUUUCUGCCUUUAUUUGAGCUUACUCUAGUGCUAUGGAACAACACUUAACACAACAGAGACAAAAGGAACUGCUCUGGGCAUGUGCUGCACUCAGGUAAAAACAGAGGAUUGUGAUUAUGGACUAGGGACGUGACAGAAAGAUGUGUAUUCUGGGAUAAUGGGACAUGACAAAUCUUGACAAAGGAAGAGGAACUUGCCUUAAAGGAACACUAUAGAGUCAGGAACACAAACAUGUAUUCCUGACCCUAUAUUUUAAAAACACCAUCUUAACCCUCUGCACCCCCUCGCCCCACUUGUCCCCCUAAAUAUAGUAGAAUAUUACGUUUACUCCAGUCUGCUGCGGCUGGUUUUGCCCCUGUUCUGCCUGCUUUGCUGACAUCAUCAGAAGUGGGGUUCUGAGCCAAUCACAAUGCUUUCACAUUGGAAAGCAUUGGAUUGGCUGAGACUGUCAAUGAGUCAGCACAAGAAAACUAUUUAGAGAAAGGUAAGUUGGGGGUGACAGAGCCACUUUAAACCAGACUUGCAUCACUAUGUAAAAGAACAGCACAUAUAGAUGCAUCUCACUUAAUUUUAGUGAUCUAUGGCUUUCAAUUAACUUUUCAAACAUCACUAUGGCUCAUUGUUACAUAGUUACAUAGUUACAUAGCUGAAAAGAGACUUGCGUCCAUCAAGUUCAGCCUUCCUCGCAAAUGUUGUUGCUGGUGAAGAUGGUAAAGUUAUUAAGGUCAUCAAGGUUCCUCAGUCAUUUAUUCAAUUUGGAAGACAUUGUGGGCUAUUCAUUACAGUGUGAAUUGUUGAAAAUUUUAAAUCAAUUCAAAGUGGAUUUAAAAUUUGAGACCAAAAUAGCUGAACCGAAAUCAUAGUUGAUUUGGAGAAUAUUUCUCGUUUAGCUAAUUUGGCCUAAUACUGUUUUAUCAAAAUACAUUAGGUGAUGUUCCAGGAGGGAUAAGCCAAAUGACAAAUGAUUUAGGUAAACUAGAAAAAUGGUCAGAAUUGUGGCAACUGACAUUUAAUGUGGAUAAGUGCAAAAUAAUGCAUCUUGGACGUAAAAACCCAAUGGCAGAAUAUUUGAUAGAGUCCUAACCUCAACAUAUGAGGAAAGGGAUUUAGGGGUGAUUAUUUCUGAUGACUUAAAGGUAGGCAGACAAUGUAAUAGAGCAGCAGGAAAUGCUAGCAGAAUGCUUGGUUGUAUAGGGAGAGGUAUUAGCAGUAGAAAGAGGGAAGUGCUCAUGCCAUUGUACAGAACACUGGUGAGACCUCACUUGGAGUAUUGUACACAGUACUGGAGACCGUAUCUUCAGAAGGAUAUUGAUACCUUAGAGAGGGUUCAGAGAAGGGCUACUAAACUGGUUCAUGGAUUGCGGGAUAAAACUUACCAGGAAAGGUUAAAGGAUCUUAACAUGUAUAGCUUGGAGGAAAGACGAGACAGGGGGGAUAUGAUAGAAACAUUUAAAUAUAUAAAGGGAAUCAACACAGUAAAGGAGGAGACUAUAUUUAAAAGAAGAAAAACUACCACAACAAGAGGACAUAGUCUUAAAUUAGAGGGACAAAGGUUUAAAAAUAAUAUCAGGAAGUAUUACUUUACUGAGAGUGUAGUGGAUGCAUGGAAUAGCCUUCCAGCUGAAGUGGUAGAGGUUAACACAGUAAAGGAGUUUAAGCAUGCGUGGGAUAGGCAUAAGGCUAUCCUAACUAUAAAAUAAGACUAGGGACUAAUGAAAGUAUUUAGAAAAUUGGGCAGACUAGAUGGGCCGAAUGGUUAUCUGCCGUCACAUUCUAUGUUUCUAUGUUUCUAAUAUUAGAUACUCUGAAUUUGCUUUGAAUUUCCAAUGAUUCACUCUUUUGUAAAUAACCCUGUAAGGAUAUUUAGGAUAUGCCAUAUUUGUCUGGUGGUGAAUGGACUUUAUUACUUCCUCUAGAUUAGGAUGCAGCAACCUAAUUAUGUAAUUUCUGUUCUUGUGAUUUGUUGUGUAUUAGGCAGUGGAGGAAUUCAUCUGCAGAUCCAAUAUGCAUCCUUUUAUUAAGUAUUAAGUCUGUUUCCACUGACCAGCUAAUAAACAAUUGUAUUAGUUACCAAAGCCUGCUGAGCCCUACACACACCCAUACCUCUACAUUUGAAAUGGACAAAGAGGGAUGCUUUAAUUUCAAGGGUGUGGGUGGGGCUGUGGCACAUAACAGAUAUAUGUCUACUAUGUGCUUAUUGAUUCACUGUCUAUUUCAUUGUUUUAAUACAUUUUGUUCAUGACUGUUUUAGGUGAUAAAAAAUACUUCAUGGGACCAAAGUUUUCAACUUUAGAUGCAACGGUGUUUGGCCAUCUGGCUCAGGCAAUGUGGACCUUACCAGGAACAAGGCCAGAGAGGCUAAUCAAGGGUAAAUCCAUUUCAUUGCUUUGUUCUACUGCUUUGUUCUAAAUACACAAGAGAAGACAAAAUGUACAGUCUAAUUUACAAUUAUUAUCUUCAUUUAUAGAAUGUAAGUGUUUCAAUGCUGUUCAGAGUUGCCUCCCAGGUGGACCUACAGAUGUUCUUAAACCACAACCUACAUGUUCAUUAGUCAGAUUCUGACUGGAUUGCCAAUGAUCAUAUGUACUAUAGAAAAAUCUGGUAGAAAUGUGGUCAUUCUUACCAAAUCGCACCACCAGAUGCAUUCAGUGUCAGCUUUAAAAUCUGUGUUUUUUGCAUCUGAAUAAUAUACAGUGGAACCUCGGAACUCGAACUUAAUCCGUUCCAGAAGGCUGUUCAAGUUCUGAUUUGUUAGAGAACCGAAUUAAUUUCCCAUAGGAAUUAAUGUAAAUUUGUUUAAUCCGUUCCAGACCCCCAAAAUUACAUGGAUGGGAUAUGCAACUGUUCUUCUGGCAUUACAUACAAAAGCAUAUAAAAUGGCUGUAUCAGGUUCAAAAUAUCUAAUACCCCUUUUUCAUCUGCUUGUAUCCUUAUGUCCAUAGUGCCUCUUACACUAAUCGUGUCCCUUUGUCCACUGGUAUCCUUCUCCUCAUAUUUUCCUCUUUCUCCUUGCAUAAUAAUUCUGUCCAUAUUCAUUCACAUUUACUUGUGUCCCUCUGCCCUCUGGGUUUCCUCCCCCUAUAUUCCCCUCUAUCCCUUUACAUAGUCCAUCUGCCCAUAUUUCCUCAUCUCACACUUGUAUCCCAUGCUUCCCCACACUUGUGUCCCUCUGUGAAUGCUGCAUGAUGUGUUCGGGUACCGAGAAUCAUUCACAUACCGAGACAUUUCUUACGCAAAAUUUUAGUUCAACUUUUGAAUUGCUCGAGUUCCGAGGUUCCACUGUAUAAAGUAUACAAAAAUAAUAACAAACUGCAGAGCAUAAAUAAUACAUAAUGAAAUUCUGAAUAAAAAGAAGUAAAAGAUAACAGGCCACCACCUCUUUAGCAUUAUACAAAUAAGUACUGCAAGGCCAAUACAAACAAUUGUCUGGAAAUCUAUUAAUAAACAGGACUAUACAUUUGACACGAGGUCAUGCAUUUAGACUGGAAGACAAGAGAUUUAGUCUAAGGAAAAUGAAAGAGUUUUUUACAGUAAGAACAAUAAGGAAGUGGAAUUCUGAGCUGGAAGAGGUGGUUUUAUCAGAGUCUAUACAGAUGUUUAAACAUCUAUUGGAAAAAUACUUACACAAACAUAAUAUUCAGGGACACAAUUUUUAAUUAGUGGGGUAAUAGUUUCUUGAUCCAAGGAGAUAUCCGACUGCCAUUUGUUUUUCCUAGUUUGUUGGAAAAUUGGAAGUCCUUCAAACUGGGUAUUUUGCCUUCUUUUGGAUCAACAGCAAAAACAGAUAUAAGAAAGGCUGAACUUGAUGGACGCAUGUCUCUUUUCAGCUAUGCAACUAUGUAACCUGAUUUAAAAUAUCUGCUCACCGGAUGAUUUAAAAACAGUCUAAGUAAAGGCAUGUCAUGGUCAAUGACUUAAUAUUUCUGACACCAUAACUGUAAAUACAUAGUCUAGGUGCCUGCCACCCCUGUUAGAGGAAUAAAAGGUGUUAAACUUACCUUAUUACCAGCACUGCACCAGUCUCAAUGGAAUAAAAAUAAACAGCACUAUAAAUCAUAUAAAUAGAAAACACUCGCCGAGCUACGUACACAAAACCAGCAGAACUAAAAGUAAAUCGUUGGUUAGUACUCCAGGUGUACACAGCAAACACAACAUCAAUUUAGACUGGUAAGAGAGUACACACUCUUGGCCUGUGACAGUUGCAAUUGAUUAUGUAAAUAAUUUCACAUGACAAAUUUAAUUUGCUGCAGAGACUGCUCAAAAGCACAUCUUGUGUUACAAUUACUAGUCCUAGUGUAAAAUAAAAUAUACAUAUAUAUAUAACCAUUAAUACCUCUGUCAUCCUUGUGAUUAAAAGAUCAUUUAAAAAUAAAUUAGGAUAAUGGUUUUGAAAUGGUUAAAUGUGGUAGUAAAACCCAAUAAUAAAUGUACACUUUGAGGCAUACGAGUGGCAUUGACAAGGUCUUCAACUCUGUUUAGAAACAAAUUGCAUGCACAUUGACCACAAGUAAAAAUUUAAAUGGAGUAAAAUAAUGAGACUAAUUAUUGGCGGGGUUAAUUUGUUUUGCUGAAAUGAAAUAGAGAGCACAUACAAAAAAAUAUAAAGAAAUUGCAAAUUUACUUAAAAUGAAAGUGCAAAAAUAGUACAUGCCUCUCUUUCUCUCUGAUGUUGUGAGGUCUGAGACAUGCCAUAGUAACAAUGAGUACUGCGUGCCGAGUGAUAACAUCUUGUCUUAUUUCUGUGCCCAGUGUCAUUCACAAGAUCAUAAAGGGAACAAAGCACAUCGCCUCAUGACUUUAGUGCUCUUUGAUUAGGGAGAUAUAUAACUAUGCUCUGCGAGAGCUUAGCAACCUAAACCUUUUAGUACCCAGAUAAUAAUGAAUGUAGGGAUGGAUAGGUUGAUGGCUGGGUGGUUGGAGGGAAGUAAAGAUAGAUGAAUAUAUGAAUUAUCUUGUCUUAAUGUUUGGAGAAAAAAAUCUGAAAGAAAAAAAAGGAACAUUUUAAUUUAUCAUUUCAGGUGAGCUAAUUAACCUCGCCAUGUAUUGCGAACGAAUCAGGAGGAAAUUCUGGCCAGAGUGGCAUGAUGACAACGAUAACACAUUUUAUGAAACGGACGAUAGUGGCGAGGACAGCAAAACACAAACCCCGCUGCCCGAUUUUAGCUUUUAUUCAAGGACAGGGACCUUUGAUGAUGAUGGGAACAGCAUAUCUCAUACUCCGGACACGGAUUUCACAGGACAUUCACUUUUUGACUCAGAUGUGGACAUGGAUGAGUUGAUAGAUCAUGAACAUUUAAAGUGAAGCACAUCGCCUCUUAUUUCACUGAUCUUUUAUGAUUGAGGCCUGGCUGGAUAGCCAUGAGACAGGCUUCAUAGGCUAGAUAGGAUAUAUUAAUAAUCCAAGUUUUGCACACUCCAUCGGUUGAAACAAGCCUUAUGUGAGCAAAACUGGACAGGUGCAUUUAUUAGGUUUUGUUAAACACCUUGAAUUAAUAUUUUAUCAUUACCUGAAUUUUGUGUGUUGUGUACUAUGUAGUAAUGCUUGAAUUAUAUUAGCAAUGAGAUACAAUGCCUAGAACACCAUAUUAUAUAGCCUUUUACAAUGUCCUGGAACCAGCCUGACAAGGUGUAUGAGUGCAAAUAUAAUGUAUCAGAGCAGUAGAAGAUACUAUAUGUGAAAGCAUAAAUCUUUAGAAAUUAAAUGUAAAGAUUAGUAAUUGUAUUGCUUGCACUUUUGUAUGAAUUGAUUGAGUGGGAGGAAGAAAAAUUUGCAGAUUUUGAAAAUGAAUAUGGUGUGUGUAAGCUAGUUACAAAGUAAGUACACAUAUCACAUUAGUUUUUUAAUUUAAUUGUUCGUGUGCGCACAUGAAAGUUCGAUGUUUUAACAUUAUUGAAAUACUCUGCUGUUUAGGCAGUUUGUAAUAGCUUACAGAAUUCAUAUAAUAUCACAUUUUAUUGAUAUUUGUGAAAAUAUAGAGGGAGCUAGUGAGGUUCAUGUGGCAAUCUUUAAAAUAGGGUUACAGAAGCUGCCAUUUUCGGGGACAUAUUUAAACACUGGAUUUGAUAUGAAAUCUGUCAAGGGUUAUUCAUUAAAGUGCAAAAGAUCGUGAAUUCAAAGAGCAUUUAAAGGGCUUUAUUUACUAAAUUCCUAAAUUCCUUAGGAUAUUUUUUUCAUCUUAACUGUAGACACAUAUUGACUAUUUUAGCCUGAGUUUUACAAUUUGGAAUUUAAUUCACAAAAAUUUUGAGUUUAGUGCAGGGUUCAGCAACCUAUGGCACGUGUGCCAUGCAUGGCACUUGAGGUGACUUUGCACGGCACUCGAGCCUGCCAGAGACAAACAGGAUCUGGCCUAGCAGGAGUCCCAGUGGGACUUCAGAUAUUUGCUAGUGCAAACUGAGCAGUGAUUGAAGAUGGUGAGGGACAAUCCUCCAUUUACGUAUUACAGCACUUAUUAUCUCAGAUCACUUCCUCCCAGCACUUGUGAACGGCAAAUCGGCACUGGAGUAAAGCAUCCCACAGCAGCUAUCGUAGCUCCUGCACUUGACCAGUAGCUGGCCAGCUCGGUCCCCACUGGAUAGUCACCCACACGGCUAGAUAUUCACAGAGCUGCAGAAUAAGCCUCCCCUCAUACAAAUAAUAAAAAUAGCCCACACAAAAACACACAUACAGUCCCCACAAACACAACAUCACUGACAAUCAGCAUACACGCACACAACCCCACAAGCAGCUUCUCACAUGCAAUUCCACAAACAGCCCUACAAAUUUACAAACCACCAAACACACAAUGUGACAUAUUAUCCACACGCACACACAACUCAACAAGCCGCCUCCAUAGACAGCCCACAUUCAUAGGUAUCAUCCGCAAUCAAUACCACAAAUUACUCAUGAACACAUACAUUAUAACAGCCCACAUACACAUAAAUACAAUGUUACAAAGUAACUGCAACACCCGUAAAUAACAAAAGUACAAUAAGACACCAUACACCCCUCAAUUUAAAAAUAAAAAAUAGUUCAAGGUACUUCAAGAUCUUGUUUUGACAUUGUACUACUAAAAGGUUGCCUAUCCCUGGUCUGGUGAAUAAAGUGAAAUUUAGAAAUUUCAAGACAAUUCUCCAAUUCAGUUAUGUUUUCAGUUUGGCUAUUUUGGUUUGGAAUUUGAAAGUGAAAGUCCUGGCAAUUCACACUUCAGUGAAUAACCGUGCGAUAUGUUCUUUUCUACAGAUGGUUACUCAGUGUUCUUAUUUAGAAUACUGGCAUACUGGUAAAGACUUUUUUUUUAUAUAUAGGUAUACUAAACUGUAUACAGGUAUACUAAACCGUUAUUAAACAUAUAGCAGGUGAUGGCUAAUGUGGACUCUGUUCCUCCUGACACCCAGGUAAUCAGUGAGAUCAUAGGAACUGUAAUUUACAUUCACAGGAGUCACACAUACUGAAAUUAUGUACCAUCAAGGUGUAUCACUAAACACCAAGAUAUGCUGAGUUGAGAGAUGACUUUAAAAUUUAAAGGACCACUCUAGGCACCCAGACCACUUCAGCUCAAUGAAGUGGUCUGGGUACCAGGUCCAGCUAGGGUUAACCCUUUUUUCUAUCUCUUGCCGCGCAUGCGCAUUCAGCCGAGGAGGAGGAGAGGAGGCGGAGAGGAGGAGGAGAGCUCCUCGCCCGGCGCUGGAGAAAGAGGUAAGUUUAAUCCCUUCCACCCCCUAGAGCCUGGCGGGAGGGGGACCCUGAGGGUGGGGGCACCCUCAGGGCACUAUAGUGCCAGGAAAACGAGUAUGUUUUCCUGGCACUAUAGUGGUCAUUUAAGAUUAAAUCUAUUCCAAUAGAGGAUUUUUUUUUAAUUUUAAUUCAACAAGCUUAAUCUUCAUUUUGUUAUUUACUUUUCAGUGCAUCACGAUACACUCAGAGGUGUUUACUAAAGUAAGAAUUGUUGUGAAUUUUAAGUGAAUUAAAAGUGAAUUUCAAAUUUAGGUAAAAUCACCUGAAGUGGGAAAAUCUUCAUGGUAGCUGUUUUAGUUUUGUUCUUUUGGUCUUAAAUCUGAGUCCACUUUGACUUCUUGACUUGCUUGAUUUAGUGAGUAACACUGACUGCUUAAUGAAUAGACCUCAUCAACGUUUCCAGCCCUCAAAGGCUGCCCAUGAAAAAGAAUUCAUGUAAAACAUGCCACCCACAAUGAUUAAUUUAAUGGUUUAUCUGUUUUUAAUAAAUGAUACCCUUACAGUCUUGUGAUAAUGGAAAAUAUGGUAAAAUAAUUUCCCAUGUUUGAAAAGUUAUAUUUACAUUUUCAGUUAUAACAGAUGUUCUUUGUGCCUGUAUAAUUUUGAUGGAUUCAUCAAAAAUCAAAUACUCC